GCGAUGAAGAAAUAAAAAUGACAGCGAACCGCGGAGUGUCACAAGCGUUUACGGAAUAUCAAGCGGCUCGCUUAAGAUUCGUCCAAACUAUCUCUGACUUGUCUUCUCGAAGUCACAACAUUGAAGGCCUGGAAAAAGCGGGUGUUUUGGACUUGUUAGAGCCGUUGCUUUUUGACGUUUUGCCUUCAAUACAACAAACAGCGAUCGCAACGCUCGGAAAGUUGACUAAUCAUGAAGAAAAGCUAGCUUAUACUGUCGUAAAGCGAGACAUUGUUCCUAAAUUGCUGGAAAAUUUUAACAAACAAAAUAAAUUUUAUAAAAAAUCAACUUUGUAUUUAUUUCGCACAAUAUCUAAACACUCUGAAGAUCUAGCGAAUUUUGUGGUUGAUGUCGGAGGAAUUAGCGCCAUCUUUGAUAGUCUAGGUGACCUUGAUUUUAGGGUUAAAGAAAAUGCUGUCUGGGCUGUUGGAUAUAUUGCAAGGCAUAGUGAAGAUUUAGCGCUAAAAAUAGUCACUGCAGGUGUCGUUCCACUGCUAGUUCUAUGCUUACAAGAACCGGAUCAUAAUUUAAAACACCUUAGCGCCUCAGCGUUGUACGACAUCAGCAAACAUACUCCAGAACUUGCGCAAGCGGUUGUUGAUAAUGACGCAAUAAUAAUUCUAGCGAAAUUACUGAUGAAUGAGGAAGUAAAAUUAAAACGACAAGUAUUAUUAACUCUUGGUAGUAUCGCAAAACACUCGACAAAUUUGGCAGAGUCUGUUGUUGAAGCGGACAUUUUCCCCAGCUGUUUGUUGCUGAUGGGCCAUCCCGAUGAUGCUGUUAGGAAAAACGCGGCUAUUCUCACCCGAGAAAUUUCCAAACAUACUCUCGAGCUUGCUCAAUUAGUCGCAAACGCCGGCGGAAUAGCCGCGCUGAUAGAGUUUAUAUCUACGACGUUUAAAUCAUCAACAAAAUUGCCCGGGAUAAUGGCGCUAGGGUAUAUUGCCGGUCACUCGGAUCAAAUUGCAAUUGCGAUAAUUGGAUCCCAAGGUGUGGUUUUAUUAUCAAAGCUGCUGAUGCAGGAAAUUGAUGACAGUACUCAGGCUAUUAUUGUUUGGGCGCUAGGCCAAUUGGGUAAACACAGCCCAGAACACGCGCAAGCUGUUGCUGUUACUAAUAUUUUUCCAAAAUUUAUCCAGCUAUACAUGGACCCAAAAAGCUCCCAAGAUUUAAAAACAAAAAUAAUAUCGAGUUUUAAAAAUAUUUUGCCGAAAUGUUCGGCAGUUGAUGCUUUAGAGCCGCUGCUCGGUGAUUCACCGCCGGAAAUAUUGAGCGACAUCUUACAACAUUUAAGCGAGAUUCUUCCGAGUGAUCCUAAAUCAAGACGGUCAUUUGUCACCUCCGGGGGAUUGAAGAAGAUCCAACAAUUGCAAACAGAGCCUGAAUCUAAAUUAAAUGAGUUUAUUAGCACAAUAAAUAGCUGCUAUCCUGAAGAAAUCAUCAGAUAUUUUUCUCCAGGAUACCCGGACAUUUUACUGGAAAAAAUUGAACAGUAUACUCCGAAGCUGUUGACUGGAAGUCUAAAAAAUUAUGCGUAAUUUUUUAAGAAAAAAAAAACUUGUAAAUUUAAGCCGGUAAGAUAGAAAGAAGAAUAUAUAAAAAGCGUUUGCUAACCUAAGAUAAAUUAAACCCAUACCGACAAUGGAUAAAAAAAAUGCAAAGAAUGCACUUUCACAGCAGGAAGCAAACAAGUGACAGUAAUUCUUGUUCCCCGAGAAUCCUUGACAAUUCUCCGGCAGUAAAGGUAUAAAAACACGAUAACUGCAUAAAUGAGCAUAACUCUGAUACCGGAACCGGAAGCAUGUAUUUUAGAGCACCGAUCAAAAGGCGGUCAAAGAUUGUAUCCACGGUGCACUUUCACCGCAAUUGCUCAGAAGAAUAAUCAUCUUCAUAAUCUUCCCGAUAAUUAUUCCGUGAUACAAUCUAAAGUGGAGUGUAUUUGCCAAGGCCUUAACUCUCAAAUAUUUUGGUAAAUUUGUUGUCAAGUGCCCUUCUAUCGGCACGCAACUUAAUUAUAAACAAAGAAGAAAACGUUGGAGUGGUACUUGUUGGUAAUAUAAUAUAUCCAUUAGCAUCUGCAUCAGUUAUUGCCGUCACUCUCUUUUCUAGAUCGCGAUUACCAGAAUGUGAAAGUCGACUCGGUCAUCUGGUCAUCCUUAUUAUGUAUAUACUCGUAUUUAUUUCUUGUUUAUAACAUUCUCCAGUGUAAAACCUCAAGUCUGAAUAGACAAAAUUACCUUUACUCAACUACUCAACUCACAACUCAGGUUUAUGCACUUACUUCUUACAUCCUAGGUUAUUAUUAUUACUAUUACUAAAUUUGCCUAAACGCCUUCGCUUUUCCACGGCACAUUUUCGUACCUAAGAAGCAUUGUUCAGUUAUGUCACUCUUCUUUUAUGCAUUACCACUUUUAUACUUAGCCUUUGUCUUUUUUUAAAUUAUAUACACUGAUCGAAGGAUUUAUUAACUAUUAAUAAUUUCAUUUUUUUCAA